AUGCAUCAGAGUAACAGCAGUUUGCUCCACCUAGGUCUGAGUGGGCGUGUAGGGGGUCAGGAGGACGCGGAGAGCCCAGAGCAGGCUAACCUGUCCGGAGAAUCGCUCCACAACCUCUCGUUGGACUGCUGGCUCCAUCUCCUCUCCAGAGACUCUGCUCCGGAGCUGUAUGGGGACAGCGCGAACAUGACGAUGCGAGUGGUCAUUGCUCUGGUCUACCUGGUGGUGUGUGCUCUGGGGCUGGUGGGAAACCUCCUGGCGCUGUUCCUUCUCCACUCCCGCCACCAGUUGCACCACUCGUCUAUUGACUUCUUUGUGAGGAGCCUGGCCGUGACUGACCUCCAGUUCGUCCUCACCCUGCCCUUCUGGGCUGUGGACACUGCCCUGGACUUCCGCUGGCCCUUCGGCAGGGUCAUGUGUAAGAUUGUUAGCUCUGUGACCACCAUGAACAUGUACGCUAGCGUCUUCUUCUUGACGGCCAUGAGCGUGGCUCGCUACUGCUCCCUCGCCUCCUCACUGAGGAUAAGCAGCCCAAAAAUGGCUGCGGCUCGUGCCAAGUGGGCCAGUUUUGCCAUCUGGGUGGUGUCACUGGCGGUCACGAUGCCCCACGCCAUCUACUCCACCACAGUCCAGGUGUCGGCGGAUGAUGAGCUGUGUCUCGUCCGGUUUUCUGGAUCUGCCUCGGGACACUGGGACUCUCAGAUUCUACUGGGCCUCUACCAGACACAGAAAGUACUGCUGGGAUUUGUGGUUCCCUUGGUAGUGAUCAGCGUGUGUUACCUCCUCCUGAGCCGGCGAGUCAGUGGCGUAGUUGGCAGCGUUGGGGUCAUGGAGAGUUCAGAGAGGUCCCAUCAACGGCGCCGCUCCAAAGUGACCCGCUCAGUGACCAUCUUGGUGCUCUCCUUCUUCCUCUGCUGGCUGCCCAACCAGGCUCUGACACUGUGGGGAGUGCUGAUCAAAUUUGACCUGGUGCCCUUUAGUAAGGCCUUCUACAAUGCCCAGGCCUAUGCUUUCCCUCUGACUGUUUGCUUGGCUCACACCAACAGCUGCCUGAACCCCGUGCUGUACUGCCUGAUGCGACAGGAGUACAGGGCCGGACUCAAGGAGCUGCUGCUCCGAGUCUCGCUGUCCAUCAGGAACUUUCUCACCCUGGCUCUGAGGGGGAAAAGAGUGGAGGAGGCACCGCCUAGCAUGGUGGUUACACACAAGGAUGUCAACGUGUGACUGACUGGAGGGCCAUAA